AUGGACUUGCAGUACAUCACCGCAAAUGUGUCUGAGUCCACCAGGAUACAAGCUGAUGCUGAGAAGCUCAUGUCCAGAAUCCUUACUCUCGGUAUGCCGACGAUUGCUGCAAUCAAUGGGCACAUAACAGCUGGCGGGGCCAUGCUGGGGCUGGCUUUUGACAAGCGCUUGAUGCCGGCUGCUUCGCCAGGACUCUUCUUCGUGCCCGGCAUUGACAUUGGCCUGGUAUAUUCUGCCGGGAUGACAGAGUUGAUGAAAGCCAAGUUGCCUCUGGCUAUGUGGAACGACACGCUCUGCAUGGCAAAACGUUAUCAGUCGGAAGAGCUCAAAGCAAAAGGAGUUGUGGAGGACACCCCACCAGCGUCAGAGCUUUACCCGGCUGCCAUGGACCUGGCCAAGUCCUUGCGAAGUAAAGGCAAAGAUCCGAAGACACGUGAGACGAUGCAUGGCAUAAAGCGCAAUCUCUACAAGGACGUGAUUGCUGUGCUGGGGCAGAAUGUGCAAGACAUGGGUUUUGCUGAGGGCACUUUUGAUGCCACUGGGAGAGCCCAGAAGGCAUGA